UGGCUCUCCCUCAAUGUAUGGCUCUUCGGGAAAACCUUCCUGCUUUAUAAUCAAGGGCUGCAGUAUUACUAUUUGCAUCAGAUGUUAGGGCUAGGAUUGUGUGUUAGCAGAGCUUCAGCAUCUGUCCUCAAUCUCAACUGCUGCCUCGUCCUGCUGCCCAUGUGCCGUGUUCUCCUGGCCUUCCUGCGGGGGUCCCAGAAGGUUGCCAGCAAGAAAACCAGAAGGCUGCUAGAUAAAAGUAAAACCUUCCAUGUGACAUGUGGUGUUACAAUAUGCAUCUUUUCAGUCUUACAUGUUGCUGCUCAUCUGGUGAAUGCUCUUAACUUCUCUGAGAACUACAAUGAAGAAUUUGUGACCCUAAAUGCAGCAAACUAUCGUGGUGAGGACCCAAGGAAACUACUUUUUGCAACUGUUCCAGGUCUGACUGGAGUCAUUAUGGUGCUAGUAUUAUUCCUAAUGUGUACAGCUUCCACGUAUGCCAUCAGGGUUUCAAACUAUGACAUCUUCUGGUAUACACACAACCUUUUCUUUGUCUUCUAUAUGCUGCUGAUGCUGCAUGUUUCUGGGGGCGUGCUCAAGUACCAGACCAACUUAGAGGAGCACCCUCCUGGUUGCUUUAAUCCUAACAAAACGCUCCGACAGAACCUGACCGUGCCAAAGGCUUUUGAGGAGCUGUUUCCUGACUCUACUACUGAGCCUUUCCCAGGGGACCUACCAGUACCAGAACCCUUUGUACAAAACAGCUUUAUGAGAGUUUGUUCCCAGGAACCCAAGUUCCAGUCGCACUUCCCAGAGACGUGGUUCUGGAUUUCGGGGCCGCUGUGCCUGUACUGCGUGGAGCGGCUGUACCGCUACAUCCGCAGCAACAAGCCCGUCACAAUCACCGCCGUGAUACCCCACCCCUCCAACGUCCUCGAGGUCAGGAUGCUGAAAGAUGACUUUGAAGCCAGGCCUGGCCAGUAUGUUAUCCUCCACUGUCCAAGAGUGUCUGCCCUGGAAAGCCAUCCAUUCACUCUUACAAUGUGCCCUACAGAUACCAAAGCAACGUUUGGGGUCCACCUAAAAGUAGUAGGAGACUGGACAGAAAGAUUUCGGGAUUUACUGCUUCUCCAUUCAAAUCAAGAUACAGAGAUUCUGCCCAUCUUUCAGCAGAGACGCUAUCCCAAGCUGUAUGUGGAUGGACCUUUUGGAAGUCCCUUUGAGGAAUCCCUGAACUAUGAGGUCAGCCUCUGCGUGGCUGGAGGUAUUGGGGUUACACCAUUUGCAUCUGUGCUCAACACACUGCUUGAUGGCUGGAAAUGCUACAAGCUCAGAAGACUCUACUUCAUUUGGGUGUGCAGGGACAUUGAGUCUUUCCGCUGGUUUGCAGAUCUGCUCUGUAUGUUGCAUAACAAGCUUUGGCAGGAGAAUCGGCCAGACUAUAUAAAUAUCCAGCUGUACCUCAGUCAAACAGAUGGAAUACAGAAAAUAAUUGGUGAAAAAUAUCAAGCUUUAAAUUCCAGGCUUUUGAUUGGACGACCCCGGUGGAAGCUCCUGUUUGAUGACAUAGCAAAGUGCAAUAGGAGGAAGACCAUUGGAGUUUUCUGCUGUGGACCAAACAAGAUCUCUAAGAUACUUCAUAAACUGAGCAACAGCAGCAACUCUUAUGGGACAAGGUUUGAGUACAAUAAAGAAUCCUUCAGCUGAAAGUCUGUUGGAGCAAGACUCUCUAGAAGAUAAAAGUGCAAUUUUUUGUUUGUACAACGUAAAAGUUCAGCUGUGGUUUUAACAGACAGAAAUGUACCAAAGAAUAGCACAAAUGUUUUUAUUUAUGAUUAUUUAAGACUGAUGGAUGCAGCAGUAUACCAACAAAUAAUCAGUGCUUUUACUCAAGUGCACUCACACAAUAUUUGUGGUGGGAGUGAUUCUUUGGAUUUGUUUCUGUUAAUUAAAAAGUACAGAAGCUGGGGAGAGACACAAUUGCUUUAAAAGCUGAUGGAAGAAGAAUCUAUGGAAUGUUUGAACUUCUUCCACUUCAGUCCUCUGAAGCUGGAUCAGUAAGUGAAACCCCAGGUUAAUCCAAGUGGCAAAACACAGUGUAUUACAAAGAUUCUUGCUUUUGUUGGUAUACAAAUCUUACAGCUUUGAGGUGAAAAUACUCGAUAUUAAAGAUUUUAUUAUACAUUGCAGAACUGGGGAUUCUGUAUUUAAAAUAUAGAGUGUUACUCUUGCCAGUCUACUUCUGUAAUGAAGUUAACCUAAGGAAAAGUGAACACAAUUGUGUAGCACCAGCGGGCAGCCUCUGCUGUGAUGUUAGUCACAGCCUUUUGGCAAGCACGCAUCUAUACGUGGAGAACUCUGCAUCUUGCAUCAAUUCAGUAUUCAGUGAGUUUGCAAAAUAAUUAUGAUUUAUGCAGCCACAAAGAUGGAGAAAGAAAAGCAAUGAACAGGAGCAGAGAGGACCUGAAGUUUUAUUUUACCACACACUCGACAUAGAAGUUGCACUCACUCUGCAAUUACAUGCCCUGAAUGUCAAAUACUUCAAGCUUUCAGAUGCUGACUGAUUGUUUUAAAGCACAAAUCUAGUUUUAGACAUCCCAGAGUAUGUUUGGUUGACUGUGAUGCUUUGAGUAUCUUCCCUGGAGUCACCCUUGUUUGCCCUGGUGCCACUGAAAGCAGGAUGACACCAGAUUUACAGCAGAGUGAGAACAAACCCCUCAGCCCUGGGCUCCUUGGAUGGUGUGUGCAGAUAGACACCUUGCAGGAGCUGCAGUGUGCUUUCAGUUUGUUCCUUAUAGGAAGAGGAUCUCAAAACAUCCCAAUUUUAAGCUUCCCUUCUCCUCCCCUCAGCUGUUUUCUGCCUGUAAAUGCCAUGGGAGAGCUAAAGGCUGAAACUGGUACUUUACAACCAUUUGGUUCUGAGAGCACCUUUUUUUCUCCAUCCAAAUUGCCAAUCCAACUUCCAUUAUUUCUUCUUUUCUCCCUUUUCCUUACUUUGCUGAGAUGAGGGCAUUUAAACAGGAAUCAGACACCUAUCUGGCAUAAACAGACACCACUCUCAUGUCUCUUAAUAGAGCAGCAUCAUUUAAACAUGGUGAAAACCUUCCCCUUGAUCUCCAGCAGAAGCUUGGGAGCAGUACAGUGUAGUGUUUGCAUCAUACCCAGGCAGAGGCUGCCUUGAGAACUCUUGUACCUGUGUUUCCCUGUAUUUAGAGCAGUGCAUUUGGUUUCAUUUACAGCUGUCCAAUUAGUACCUUUUUUAUUUCAGUGGGAAAGGCACUAAAUU